AUUGGUAAAAAUGUGAAACCUUGACGGUAAUAAUUACAUCAAUUGCAUCCGUGAUGUUACGCCACUGGAAAAAUGGCGAGUCUGCGCAGUUGUUUGAUUGUGAAAACCUAACCUCACUCUUUUGAAAUUUUUUUUGGAAAAGUUACAAAAUUGUGCAACUUCGUGACAAUGUCGUCGUGUGGGUGCGAAAAAACAACAAAAAUUAACCAAACCAUCGGAUUUAUAGGGGGCGGAAACAUGGCGAAGGCGAUUUGUGAAGGCAUGGUAAGGAAAGGGCUGGUCACCUACAACCAACUGUACAUAUCUGGGCCCCAUGAAGAAACUUUGCGCUAUUGGAGCACUUUGGGGGCAAAAACGACAACAAAAAACGGGGUUCUUGUCUCUGAAGCGGACAUAAUUUUCCUAGCUAUGAAGCCCCACAUUCUCCCGAUAGCUGUGGCUAAUAUUUAUGAAACUUUACCGCAACCUGUGAAAGGGAAAUUAUUUGUGUCAAUACUAGCAGGGAUUACACUGGAAGCUUUAGAAAAUUGUUUGGCCACCCUUGAAGGUUCCCGCGUUAUUCGCGUCAUGCCCAACACCCCCAUGAUGGUAGGUCAAGGCUGCACAGUCUUCUGUCCGGGACAAAGAGCCAGCGACGGGGACGUAGACGUCGUUAGAACCCUCCUAGAGACCGCGGGUGUGUGCAGACAAGUCCCGGAAUCCCUCAUCAACGCAGUGGGGGCUCUUGCGGGCAGCGGACCCGCUUUUGUGUACUUAGUUAUUGAAGCCCUUUCAGACGGCGGCGUAAAAAUGGGAAUCCCGAGGGAAAUGGCGACCCACUUCGCCGCCCAGACUGUCCUGGGGGCGGCAAAAAUGGUCCUAGAAUCGGGAAAGCACACCGGCACUCUGAAGGACGAGGUUUGCUCCCCUGGGGGCACCACCAUCACGGGAAUACACGCCCUGGAAAAAGGGGGCGUGAGGGGGGCCAUUAUGGACGCGGUGGAAGUAGCGGCCAAGAAGGCGUUGGAACUGGGGCCCAAAAAGCCCGCCUAAUCUGGGUUGGUUUUUAGUUAGAAAAGGGUGUUGGUUAUCAUUUCCAUCAUAGCCUCAAAUAGGGAACUAAGAAAUUUAUCGCCCACUAGAAUAUACGUGGAAUUGACGGAUUAGUUAUGGGUGUCCACUUCUCACAUAGAUCUGAUUUUACGUCAAAUUUCUUAUCAAAGUUAGCAUAAAUACUCAACACAAGAUGCCCAUUUUCCAAUUUUUGGUAGUUUGAAGCCGUCUUCCAAGAAAAAAGUUAAUUUUGUGCGUAAUAGUCAAAAUGGUCGUACUAGAUAGGGCGCCAUUUUGUUUAUCUUCUAAGUAUUAAAUGAACCUAGUGAUUUGUUCUCUUUGGAAAUUUUUUCUCUCUAUUUAUUAUUUUUAUUUUUGUAUCUCAUAAUGACAAGCAAUUUUAAUUUUUAACUGUAUUUUUGUUUAACUUUUUUGUUACUGUUUUAUUUUCAUCAUUAUUAUCAAUUAAUUAAGAAUGAGUUUGUAGAAGGCACCUGUUAAAAUAAACUGUAUCACUUGAA